UCAAAACCAAAACCAAAAAAGCUAAAAGUUGAACAACAAUGGUGGCUGAUAAAAAAACUCAUGUCCUAAUGGUGUCAGCACCCCUCCAAGGGCACCUCAACCCCAUUCUCAAGUUCGCCAAAUCCCUCCUUUCCAGAGGCAUCCACGUCACCAUCGCCACCACCGACGUCGCCCGCAGCCGUAUGCUCAAAACCACCGCUACCGCUACUGCCGCCCCCUCGAUCCACCUCGAGUUCUUCUCGGACGGGCUCGACUUAGAGUUCAACCGCGAGAGCAACUACGACCAGUGGUUCGAGUCGCUCGGCACCAAAGGCCGCGAAAACCUCUCGAAUCUAAUAACCAAGCUGUCCCAACACACCAAAUUCUCGUGCCUAAUCCUCCACCAAUUCAUGCCGUGGUUCAUCCCCCUCGGCGCCCGCCACCAAAUCCCCUGCGCCGUGCUGUGGAUCCAGCCCUGCGCGCUCUACUCCAUCUACUACCGCUUCUUCAACAAACUAAACCCCUUCCCUUGCCUCCACGGCUCCCGGGACCUCCCCGUCGAACUCCCCGGCCUGCCGCUCCUCGGCCUUGACGACCUCCCUUCUUUGUUCCUCCCAAACAGCCCCCGCUGCUUCACAAAUAUUCUCUCGGUCUUCUUCAAAGCGAUUAGGGACGACGUGAGGUGGGUGCUGGGGACUUCCUUCGAGGAGCUGGAGGGGGAGGUGGUGGCCUCCAUGGCGGGCCUGCGCCCCACGGUUCGUCCCGUGGGGCCGUUGGUGUCCCCGUUUCUGCUCGGGAGGGAAGAAGAUGACACCAAAGGUGGGGUGAAGAAUGUGGACCUGUGGAAGGCGGAUGAGUCGUGCUUGCGGUGGCUGGACGGGCGGGCGACGGGGUCCGUGGUUUACGUGUCGUUUGGGAGUAUCAUUGUGCUGUCUCGGAGGCAGAUUGAGAAUGUUGCAGAGGGGCUCAAGAGGAGCGGGAAGCCGUUUCUUUGGGUUUUGAAAAAAGGGUCGUCGGAGAAGGAAGCUGUUGAGUUGCCGGCGGGGUUUUUGGAGGAUGUUGGUGGGAGGGGCCUCGUCGUCAAUUGGUGCUCUCAAGAACAGGUUCUCAAGCACGGUGCUGUGGGUUGCUUCUUGACUCAUUGCGGGUGGAACUCGACGCUAGAGACGAUAGUCACCGGCGUUCCGGUGAUAGCGUUUCCAGAGUGGACGGAUCAGCCUACGAAUGCCAAAUUGCUAACGGAUGUUUUCAAGGUGGGAGUGAGAAUGCAAAAGGGAGAUGACGGAGUAGUGAGUUCAGAAGAGGUGGAGAGAUGCAUAAGGGAGAUGACCGACGGGCCAGAGGCGGAGGCGAUGGCCAAAAGGGCGGCCGAGUUGAAGGAGGCGGCGAAAAGGGCGGUGGAAGACGGCGGAUCUUCUCACCGGAAUCUUGAUAUUUUUAUUGCUGACAUUGUAGGGAAAGAAAGGGUUGACGAGUAAAAAAAAGGUCAUGCAGCGGUUUCUUAAUUAUAUGGCGUUUUUCCAAUCUGUAACGCUGCUUUGCAUGUCCUAGAAAUCAGUGUGUUUGUUUUUCUCAAUGUCAAAGUUCAUAUAUGGACAGAAGAAGAUGAGAAUAUGAAUGAAAAU